AUGUCCGGCCGUCGUGUCCACACUUCCGCCCGCCGCCCGCCUCCCCUCGGAUUGGUUGAGGCGGAUGUCCGCCACGCUGCGCAAAUCAGCGCAUGUGGGCAGGAGGUCGCAAGUGAGGGCGUAUUUGCAGCAGCAGCGCUGGGAAACUUCCACGGUUGGACACAUCCCAGGAACUAUGCGGAGCUCCUGUGGCAGGCCGGUGCUUUGGGUCAUGUGCUCUACCUCGCGGCCGAAGCCGAAGGCUUCGGUGCCACCGGCCUGGGGUGCUUCAUGGAUGACAUGACGCUGGCGUUGCUUCGGGAACCCUGGAGCAUGGAUUCCAAGGCCUACAGCCAUGCGCAGAGCUAUGACGUCCAAGAAGCAAAGUAUCAGGUGCUGUACCACUUUGCCGUGGGCAAACCAUCUCUGGAUCCGCGUCUCUUGAGCUUUGAUGCUUACCAACACCUGCAGGAUGACUUCCACUACGAAGCGCUGCAAGGAGGGAUGGGCCGCAUCGUUCAAAAAUGUACUGACUCUUCGCGCGGAAGCGCGGCGCAUGGCGCUUGUGCUGGGCUUGGGCAUGAUGCCCUGGAGGCCCCAAGGAUUGGUGCCGUGCAGAUGGCACAUGCGUCGCGCCUCCAUCCCAGAAUGCCAGGCAUGGCCGGGGACGACAACCCGAAGCCAGACCUGGACUGCAGCUCAGCCAAGUUUGUGCAGGGUUUGGGUGAGAAGGGCCGGAAGGAGCGCAUAGGUAAAUGCUUUCGGUACCAGAAGGAGACUCUGGAAGAUGUUAACAAACUGCAGCACAAUGUGAACUUCAUCCGAAAGUUGUUCGAGCCGAGUGACAUCACGCAAGAGAUGCUGGAUGGAGCGAAGGAGAAGAUCGUGAAGAAGAAGGAGAUGGGCGACGAUGAGGCACAGUCGAUUGAGACGGAGAGCUUUUGGUAUGCCAAGUUUCCGAAAGAGAUCGCCCAAGUGGCCAAGAGCGGCUUGAAGGUCAAGAUCAAGAGAGGAGAGGAAGAGAUGAAUGCCUGUUUGAAGUCCUACCCCGACGACAUCUCGCAGCGCAACAGUUUGGGCCUCUUGGCUUUGGCCCAUACCCCCUUGAAGACUAACAUGGUCCUGAAAACCACUGGUUGGUAG